CAGAAUCCUUUCCCCGCAUUUCAGCCAGCAUUUGAACACUUGGGCAGGACAACGACCGACCCAGACAAACGACCGCAAGAAGAGCAGAACCUCACUUUCCGCAAAGGCAACCCUUACAGCAUAGAGCAGUCGCUUCAACCCCGACCCACCGCCAUGGCCUCCCUCAUGCAGUCCCUAAUAGGGAAGAAACCCACCCCCGAAGAGCUGGUAAAAAAAUGGCGCCAACAAAUCCGCUCCCAAGAACGCGAGCUCGACAAAUCCGCGCGUGGGAUCGAAACUGAGGAAGCGAAAGUCAAGCGGUCCUUGAAACUCGCCGCAAAGCGGAACGAUGUCACGAGUUGCAGGAUACUGGCGAAGGAGGUUGUCAGGAGCAGGAAAGCACGGGAUCGGAUUGCUAGUUCGAAGGCGCAGUUGAAUUCUUUGAAUAUGAGUAUGCAGCAUCAGCUUGCAACAACCAAAAUCGCCGGCACACUGCAAAAAUCCACCGCAAUAAUGUCCACCGUCAACAACCUCAUCAAACUGCCCGAGAUCUCCUCCACCAUGCAAGAAAUGUCCGCGGAGAUGAUGAAGGCUGGUAUCAUCGACGAGAUGAUGGAGGAUACGUUGGAGAACGCUAUGGGUGAUGAAGACGGCGUUGAGGAGGAGGCGGAGGAGGAGGUUAAUAAGGUGCUGUUUGAGCUGACGGAUGGGCGGUUGGGGGAGGCGCCGGGGGCUGUGGAUGGGGGGUUGGAGGUGGAGAAGGAACAGAAGAAAGUGCAGGAGGAGGAUAUAGACAGUAUGGCGGCGCGGUUGUCUGCGUUAAGGGCAUAGCCGCGUUGAUAGGUUUUGGUCCUGGAGGCAUCGCCAUCUUCCCCACGCACCGCAUAACUGGCACAUUUCUCAUCUUCAUCUGUCUCAUGAUCUCUCACCGCCAUCCACACGAUCACCGAUGGA